CUUCAGAGUAGAAAUGUGCACUUGUUCAGUGAUUAGGUAAAGAAAGGCUCAUCAAAUUGUUAAUUGAAAGAAAUUUUUAAUCCCUGACUCAGAUGUAGCUUGCAUAUGUAGUUGCAUGAUUGUGUGACAGUUUUCAGUUCAGUGUGGAAGGAGGUGGUCCAUGGAAGAAUACUCUGUUUCUGGGGACAGUUUUGGCUUGCUUACUCCAUGCCUGGGGGACAGACAGGUACACAGCUUUCUUUGCAUGCCAGUCCUGUAGACUUCCAAAACUGAGUUAACCUGGAGUGAUUUAAAGCAGGUGGUGCAUUGGUGGAUUUACAGGAUUCUUGCUUUAAAUUGAAAAAAAAAUUGCACGAGGAUUGCCAGGUCAAAAAAAAAAUUCAGGCUUGGGUUCAGUUUUUGUGUUCAACAUGGCCCCAGUGAGUGGGAACUUGUUCAGUUGGUACUGUUUGGUUACUGGUUAUGACACUUAGGGUCUACUAAAGAAAGAGAAUGUAACUUGUUUGUGGAAUACAUGCCUUGAUUGUUGAGUAUCCCAGUCCUGGGAGUUGUUCUACCUCUUGGCUGCCUUUCCUGUGAGGCCUGAAGCUGGUGUGGGAAGGGGGAAGUUGGCUACAGCACUGUGGCUCACACAGGGGCAGCAGAAGGUGAAGCUCUCUUUCCUUGAUGGGUGACAGUCACAAGAAGCAGGACUGAAUGUAUAUCCAUCUUUUGCUAGUAGAAGUAUUUCUGAUCUUACAGUUCCAAGCUAAAGUGGUUUGGGUUUGCAUUUUUGUUUAUGCUUUGAUUGAUAGAAGGGCCAAACCAUGAGAUAGUUCUAAGUGUCAAUCCUGUUAAAUGUGGAAUUUUGAAGAUGUGUCCUAUUUUACUGCACCUCUAUAAUGGGACAGCUAUAUAUGUAGCAUCUAAGUACAUGUAUACAUUGCAUUAUAGAUUCUGUACUGUUUCUCUUUUUAAGCAAAACUUGUGUGGCUACUGUUGGCUCACUGUUUUCAAAUCUUCUCUUCUUAUAUAUAUUCACAUUUUAUAUGAUGUUACGCUCAACAGUAAAAGAAUUUCCCAAAAUUACAGGUAUAGUGAUUAAAUUUAAAGGUAUUAAGCUGGCUAAUAAUGUGUCCUCACCUGUAGUGCAGAGAAAUCCAUCACAAAUUUCUAAAUAAAUGCUGUUUUUCUGUGUUUAAAAUGAAGCUAUGGAAAUUAGUUUGCUUAUGCCUUGACAGUGAAUAUUUACCUAAAUUCUAGCCAAUUGUUCUAUUUAGAUAUUAGAGUACAAAAUGCCAAUAAAUGAAAAUACUGCUUUGUAUUUUCCUUACCAUACUGUAGUAGUCUGCAACAGAAGGCAAACAGGAAGUGAACAAACCGCAUUCCUGAUUACUUUUUCAGGUAAUCUGGAUGUGUUCAAUAGCAGUUUCAAAAUUCCUAGCCCUUAGUGCCAAGUUUUGUUGCCAUCAUAGCUGUGGUGUGGGUGGAAAAGCCCAACCAGAAAUGAGCAGAUCUAACUGUAAGCUACUUUGCAUGUUGUCAAUUGACUAUAAAUUGCAGCAGUCAUUGACUCAGUGGAACAAGCUACAUAAUUCAGAUAUUUUCAGGUAUUCAUCACUCUUUAAACAGCACAUCUUGUUUCCCUGGAUUUUACUUUCAUCUGAAGAUUGGUGAGUCUCUAGUCUAAGGGGAAAAUGUUCCUAACACUUUGUGCAGGUGUUGAGGCAGCAGGUAACUGUUUUAUGUAACCUUGUUACACAGCAGAAGUCUAGGUACUAAGCAACAAAUAUUGCAAGUGUCUCUUCUUGAGGGGUUGUGUUGGUUUUGGUUCCUUCUCUGGAGUGAUGUUGUGCCAUAAUUUUUUUUUGCCAUGUAGCAGACUUCUCUUCCUCAAUGUUUUAAAGUUGUUAGCAGCAGAAAGUUUUUAGGCAAUAAGCCAGUCUUAUAAGUAGAAAAGGGAAAGUUGAUUUUUAUAGUUGUCUACUAUUUUCAUUUUAUGAGGAGUGUAUAUUCACAUAUGGAAAAAUAUGUGAGUUUUUUACAUGCAUAAUAAUGUGAAAUGGAUGUGUGUUCAUGCUUUUAGCCUAUCUACAGAAGUACCUGUUUAAGAUGCAUGGGACUCCCACUCAUGCCUAACAGCUAUAAAUGAAUUCUUCACUCAUAGAUUGUCUGUUGUGAAAUAUAUGUACAUUAGAAAAAUAGAUAACUCUGCAUACAGAGGCAUUUUCAUAGAAUAUGUUGUGAGAACAGGUCCAUACCAAGUAAAUAUUUUCUGUGUAAAUGUGGCAGGUAUGAAGUCAGUAGAAAAUAUUUCCCCAUACCCUUGUGAUGGAUUUGUGUUAUGGACUUGUGAUUGGAACAUCUGAAACUUUGCCAGAUUUCUGUGAGUAUGGAAUCCAGCAGGUUCUGGUAAUCUAGUUUAAUGUUCAGGUGUGGUUUCCAUUUUAGAGGAUGCAAUAGAAUCUAAGUGCUUUGGACAACAAUGUAGGGAUGUACAAGUGGAUGGUGAGUAAGAGCAUUUUUGGAUCAAUUCUGUGUAGGCAAGUAUUGGUUGCAAUCUGUGAGGGUGGCUCAUGGUGAUUCUUUAAAAAUUAGGUGGUUGUUUAAAAGGUAUUUAAGGAAGCUGUUAGGUAACAGUGAUUACAUUCUCAGCAGUUAGGCUGAUGUUUAGCUGUUCGAAUAAUGAUAUUGGGAAGGCCCCACAAUGCAGCUUCUUAUAAACCACUGCAAGAGUAUAUUUUUGUUAAAUGUGUCAGGGUGAUUUGUGUGGUUAGACCUGCUGUAAUGCUGCUCUGAAGAGGGGGAGUGAGAGUAGGCCAGUCUGACUUACAGGUUUCCAGCAGGGCCCCAACUGCUGUGUGCCAUCCCUUCUUUGUAUUGCUAGGACAUGCAUUUUUCCUUUGAUGAAGUGUUCAUUUCAUAAGUAUGACAUAUUUAAUAUUUAAUUUCUAGCUGUAGGAUUGUUUUUAGAAUUUCAUGUCUGUGUUUAAUCUGCAGGUAGGUGGAGAAGGAAUGUGAGGACCCAAGGAGGUGUUAGAUUUAGUGUAAAUUCUCUCAUCUCUAAACUUCUUGUAAAUCUUUGUAUGAGUGGAUGUAAUACCUGACAGACAUGACAUUAAGAUUGAAAUCCAUUCUCUGCACAGGUUUUCCAUUUUGUUAAGAUGAUACAUUGAAUGUGGCAUCCAGUGAAGAGAGAAGAAAAUAAUUUGUCUUUGAAGGCUCUUUGGUAUGAAUAGGGAGUCUUUUACUGGAAUUGUAGAUUCAGUUUUUUUCAGGGAGAGGAAGGGAGUGGGGAGAAUGCCUCAGGUGUUGGCCUGCUUUAUUUGUUGUCUGUAAGUUUUGGUGGAUUUGGAGCAAGCUAGACCUAUGUGGAAUGCAUAUAGGUAGAGUCUCUUCAUUUCUAAAGCUGAGGUGAAAGGAGGCUGCUUGCUCUUUCCUUUAGGAAACUUUAGUGGCUUUAUAUUAAUAUCUGUUGUGUGUUAAUUUAAUCAGUGUGACUGACUUGCACUUUCUUGUACUUUUCAAAUGGGAUGUUAUCUUGUUCUACCUGAUCUUCCAACAUCAUUCUGAAGUGUCACAAAUGCAUUUAAAAAAUCUCUUUUGGAAAAUGUCAGCAAGGCCUAGAGUUGGUAAGUCCAGGUGAGUUUUUUAUACUGUUCAGUGUGAGCUGUUUAAAGUAUUCUGUAAUUAUGUGUUUCCAGGCUAAAUGCAGAACCUGAUGGAUGGCAAAAGCUACUGUAACCUCAUCUGUGCUGAGGCUCAGCACAUCCAGCUGGCAAGGCCUUUCUGUGCAGACCCACUGGUCACGUUUCACGUGUACCCAGAAGCACCAAGCCAGGUCCCUUUGGCCGAAGAUUUGGCAUUCCUGCCUUUCAUGUCAGAGCAUCUCAUCACAGAGACCUUCUACAGCGAGCCCUGUCCCUUUCCCUACCAAAUGCCCCAUUCCAGUCUCCACAAAAGUGAGUACUCCUAUGGCUCAGCUUUCAUCAGGAAGAGGAAUGAGAGGGAAAGGCAGCGUGUUAAGUGUGUCAAUGAAGGCUAUGCCAAGCUGAGGCACCACCUGCCCAAGGAGUACUUGGAGAAACGGCUCAGCAAAGUGGAGACCCUGCGUGCUGCCAUAAAAUACAUCAGGGACCUCCAGUCUGUGCUGUGCACUGACUCUGGGGUGGCAGGAAAAGGUGUCACGGAGCCAAACCAAGCACCUAAAGCCACUAACAAACCAGCCCAGUUGUUGGAGACGAUCUGAAGUGUUGCAAAGCCAGCCCAAAUCAUAGGCAGAAGCCUAGAGGACACUGAGCUGUCUUAAAAUUCCCUCCCUGUGGUGCAGGA